GCUACACUGCCAUUAUGGAAGUUGCUGGAGUGGUACUCGGCGCUAUUCCAGUAUGCUUGCUUGUCCUCGAAGGCUGGGAAGCCGUAGAGCCGCGAGUGAAGACAUUUUGGCAUGCUCAUAUCGCCAUAUCUCGAUACGUAUGUGCUCUGAGAGGCCAUCGCGACAACCUCGAAGUCAUCAUCAAGACGAUGCUCCACGGUUGCAUGCCUAUCGAAAAGAUUGAGCGCGAUUUCCGAACCCUGCUCACAGAGGACUGGAGUACGCCAACACAUAUUCAUUUGGCCAGCAAACUCCGAUCCAAGCACGGAGAAAACUACCAACUGUUCCAAGCUGGCAUGCAAGGUAUCUGCAAUGACAUCAAAGCCGUCGUGAUUAUUUUAGGGCUCUGGCCUAGUCGUGACGAGAUGUCGAAUGAGCAGCUUGAUAUCAUCGUAAAGCAGCACCGCUCACCAAGUAGUGGUUCAUCUCGAGUCCAGACACGGUUUCGCUUCACUUUCAAACACAAGGCUAUCAAAUCUGCAUUCACAUCACUCGCGACAGAUAUCGACUCACUGAGCAAUCGAUUGAAGAACAACCAAAUCUGGCAGAACCUCAAACAUAACGAGAGAGUGCAGGAUGCAUCUGACCAAGUGCAACGCCAAAGACAUCACCUGAAAGCUCUCGCUCAUGAAAUCGAGCGAGCCACCGCCUCCGCUCGUCACACGAGAUCAGUCGAAUUCGCGAUUCUACUGGAUUCCGGGACUGUGGCGAGAGAACAUAUGCCGCAGGCAGCAAGAGGUCAGCCUUGUCUGACAGGAAACUACAUCCCCCAGCCAGGCUCUGGGCUUUCUACGCACCACAAUCGACUAAAUCUCAUCUCCGCGCGUGGUAUGCUCGGAAAGACUGUGCCCAGGGCAAGCCGACUACAGACCGCUGCCAUAUUCACCUCGUGGGUGCAGCUAUUGUAUGGAACACCUUUCAUGACCACAGCUUGGGCCGCGGACGAUAUCAAGUUCAACGACACGGACCCCGGGACGCUCCCGUUGAAAGCUCCUUUGCUAUGCCUUCGAACUGGCCUUGACCAGGUCUCAACGGCUUUGCACGGCCUGCGAGAUCCAACACACAUCUCUACAACCGGCUUGGCGAACCUCUUGAACGAGCUCAUGGAGACCGAGGCGCAUGAUUUGCCCAUUGCCUACGCGAGAGCUGUAAGCGACUGCUGGCGCCUUGGACAUAUGCCUUCUGCAUUUGAUGCAGAGUUCGGAGAUCUGACAGAUCGAGUGACCCGAACCGCUGCAAUACUCUGAGCGUCGGUUCUCGAGCAGCGGACGAUUAAUCAUGCGCAGAACGCAGCACUUCUCGCUAUGGAUACCUUGAAUACUGUCACAGUCGGUAUCUUACUAUUGUUCAUUGGGCUGCGCUGGACAAUGUAGUUUGCCACUCGUCGAUUGACAUGUUUGUCCAUUAGCAUCAGGGUCUUCAAUAAUCUGCCGCUUUCUCCAUGUG